UUUUCGGCAAUAGCUUUUCAGCCUUGUUUUUUAUUGCUUUAUCGCUGAUCACGAAAAUGAUGAGUGUAAAUAAUCAAUCUAAUAAAAAUGCGUCUGAAGGCAAAAAGUAGGAUUGAUUCGUCAUUGUGAAGAUCUGAACGCGGUGCUUCGGAAGCAACAAUUGCAACAAUGAAGGUUUUCGCGAUCGCGGGUAUCGCGACAGCAGUCAUUGUCGCCAUUGGAUUGACAGUAGCGAUUGUUCUGCUAGGGCCAGUAGAGCAAGAGUCAUUGGAAAAAGAAAUUAGUUUCACUAUUUUGCAUAUCAACGAUUUCCACGCGCGUUUUGAGCCGAUCAGUGCGAGUGGAAGUACUUGCCAAGCAGGCAACAAUGAACAGGGUUUGUGCUUUGGAGGAAUCGCUCGAGUAUAUUCUGCGAUCACAGAGCAACGCCAAUUGCGAGUAAAUCCAGUAGUUUUGAAUGCAGGAGACAAUUACCAAGGCACUCUCAUGUAUUCUCUGUUCAAAUGGAAUAUUACCUUGGAAUUCAUGCAAAGGUUAAAUUUUGAUGCAACUGCAUUUGGAAACCACGAGUUUGACGACAAAGUGGCUGGAAUUGUGCCUUUCGUGGACGGCCUUAAAAGUCCAAUGGUGGCGGCCAACAUGGACGCAUCCCUCGAACCGACACUGGAUGGAAAAUUCGUACCCUCUGUCACAAUUUACAGGGACAAAACAAAAAUUGGAAUAAUAGGAUGCAUUAGUAAGGAAACACCAGCAUUGUCAAGCCCAGAGAACCUGAUAUUCAAUGACGAAAUUGAAUCUGUGAGUGCCGAGGUUAAAAAGCUUAAGGCUGACGGAGUGAAAAUUAUUAUUUUGCUAAGUCACAGUGGGUACGACGUUGAUCUCAUUAUAGCUGAACAAAUUCCAGAAUUAGAUGUGAUUGUCGGUGGCCACUCACAUACAUUCCUUUACUCUGGGACACCACCUACAACUGAUGAACCUGUAGAUGAAUACCCAAAGGUAGUGACGCACAGAAAUGGAGGAAAAACAUUGAUUGUUCAGGCAAUGGCUUUUGGUAAAUAUUUGGGAAUCCUGGAGUUGAAAUUUGACAAGGCUGGUGAGGUGGAAUCUUGGUCCGGGAACCCAAUUUUGCUUGACAGCAGCGUCCCUGAAGACGAGUCGACCACGGAGCUGCUCUCACCAUAUAGGGAGGAAGCAGACGUGAUCGGUGGACAAACUUUGGGCACAAGUGCUGUGCUCUUGGACUCGAGCACCUGUUACAGCAAAGAAUGUAAUUUGGGCAACUUCCUGACUGACGCAAUAGUACACGAGUACACUGAACUAAUAAACGAUGAUGCUUGGACUACCGUAGCAAUUGCAAUAAUGAAUCCUGGAGGCAUCCGAGCACCGAUGGGAGAGUCAGCAAAUGUAACAUUUAAUGACCUGAUUACGGCUCAACCAUUUCAAAACACCAUCGACACUGUUGAGCUUCAGGGCAAGGACAUUGUUGAAUUAAUGGAACUGGCGGCCAGUCCUCCUUUAAACAAAAUAAGGGCAAAGGACUUUGCAGAUGGUGCAGGGUGCUUCCAAGUGUCAGGCAUUAGAGCCAAAUAUGACAUGAGCCAAGCCGAGGGGUCUAGGUUGGUGGACAUUGCGUUGAAAUGCUCAAAAUGUGUCACGCCAGAGUUCCUGCCAGUAAACUCAGAAGAAUGGUACACGGUAGCAAUGCCGUCUUUCCUCGCCUCUGGAAACAGUUUUCCCCUUAUAACCGAAAGGGGUCGGAAUCGAACAAUAGGUCGCCUUGACACGGAUGUUUACGUAGAUUACAUUAAGACGAAAAAUCCUAUUAUGACAGGAAUUGAGCACCGAAUCACAGUUUUGUAGUUUUUGUUACCAUUCAACUUUUGUUGUUUAAUUUAAGUCAGUAAAAAACGCACUCACUAUGGUCCUGAGCUGUCCUGAAUAAUUAUGAAUGUAAACUUGAAUGUGUGUAUAGGCGUGUGCGAUUCCACUGAGUACAUAUUUGCCUUGUUUUUUCAAUAACAUUACUAAACUAUGGAUCCCUUAAAAACAAUAAAAUAGUUUUAAUUAUUCA